AUGUCUGCGCCAGCUCUAGUACGAGAGGGGAGCCAACUUGCGCUCACAGCGAGUAAAUCCACGGCAAAAGCCAUUAGAGAUCAUGGACCCAAAGCUGCCGCCGCAGCCGCUGCAUGGACCGUCCAGAAUCCGGGGCUGGCUGCUUGCGGCGCUGUCGGGACUGUCGGCAUCAUCCUCAUUGCGGCUCCCGGUGUCGUCGUUGUCCCAGUACUCGCCGAGUUGGGUUUUGGAGCUGGUGGUGUUGUUGCAGCCGGUAGCGCUUUCGCGAUUGCUCAGAGUGCGGGUGCCGCGGGCUCAGGUCUCGCCAUCGUCAACGGGGUGGUUCAGGUCGCCGGAUUCGCUAUGACCGCUGGUAGUGGAGGACUCGCGUGGAUCAAAUCCAAAGUCGGAGCAUAG